AUGCCCCCAUCGCGGUUCAAUAUAGAAGCCACCUUCGCGCCCCACGGGUUCAGAAACUCCAUCAUCGCAGACCAAGGAAUGGUAGAUCCCAGGGAAAAAGACAACCGCAGGUACUGGAGUUAUCUUUGGAACAUAUUCUCCGGGGCCUACGAAUACGGAGGCUAUCGGCGGUUUGAAGCUCUACCUGUUUUCGCGUCUCAGUCCAACCCAGACCUAGCCACCGCACUCUUCGGGUCCAGCAAAAUCGACUCCUCUCCCUCCCUCUUCUCAUCAUUCAACGGACUUCUCCUACCCGAUUACAUGGGAGCACGCUUCGACAGUGGUAUCAUGGCCAUUGUUCCCGAUAUCUCCUCUCCCACCUCCCCCGCCGAAAUAGCAUUGUGGAAGGAUACCGCGCCAAGAGAAUACAAACUCAAGAUCUUCACGCAGAACCGUGAGACCGAACAGACAGGCCAGUUCCACUCCGCAAUAUUGACGGGUCGAAAGUAG